AGUUCCAUCAGCCUGUGGUAUCUCGCGCUAACUCUACUGCAACUGCAGUAUGGGGCUUUUAACAGAGUCAUCUGACACGGAUGACGAAGUCCUGAAUCGCCAGCUCGAAGAACUAUCGCUCCUCAAACAUGCACUCCUCCCGGGUGAACAACUCACAUUCGUCGUCCCCCCUUCCACGUCGCGUGCGGCCGUUCUAUGGACACAUGCGCUUGAUGAGUUCACCAUGGACCCGGAGGAGGCGGUUCGAAGUUUAUUACACUCAGUGCGGGAGGUUGAGGCCCCUUCGCCACGCUCCUCCGUGGAACACUCGAGCUGUGUGGCGGCUAGUAAUGGUGAUCCUGCAGCUGCAGAUGAUCCCAGUUCUGAAUCUGAAUCGGGAGCUACAGGCGUGUGGGGCCCACAGGGAACGCGAAUACGAGUCGGAUUGGAAGAGUCGAAGAAGGUGUGGUAUGAGGUUGACGUGCCACGGAUGUAUCCGAAUCGUGCGCUUAACGAUGGGUCAGGAGGUAUCAGAGUGAGUGUAAAAGGUGAGGCGAUGGGUCGGGAGGAACAGGCGAGGUGGCAGGAGAUUGUCAGAGAGAAGAUGGAGGUCGCGUGCCAGGCCGAUGGAUGUGAAUAUCCGAUCUAUCAACUACUCUCCGAACACCUGAUUCCUCUUCUACACGACGCAACCUCGCUGAACAGUAACUCUCAGCUCUCGUCCCCUUCCUCCUCAGAAACUCCACAUUCAUCUACAUCAGGGCCAGCACAACCCAGUCAACGUUAUCAUGCCCUCCUGACUUCCCACCACCUUGUCUCGCCCACUAAACGACGCAACCUCCUUAAUUUAUCCGCAACGCUUUCGCUCACCGGGUUCGCCAAGGUCGGACACCCAGGCAUUUUGUACGCCGAAGGCGAGCGUGGAGAUAUUGAGGAAUGGGUGAGGGAAGUCAAGAGCUGGCAGUGGCUCGCGCUGAGGGUAAGAUUUGUGGAACUGCUGCCGGCCGGGCUGAUUCAAGCGCAUGAGGACCCAGGCAAGGCCAGUGCCACACAAGUAAUUGGGAGAGGGCCCGGGGAGGAGCCAGAGAGACGGAGGUGGAUGGAGAUGGAGAAGGUGGGUGAUGUUGUCGAUGAGAUGAGGAGGUUGGGCAGGGAGAGUUAUGUGGUUGAGAUGGGUAUUGGGAGCGUCGGUGCGGGUGUAGCCCAGAACGCCGCUUGAGAUUUGCACAUCGUCGGAUCAAGCCGGGUUGUAUGAAAAAUUAGAUCUUUUUGGUCUUCUCUUCCAGCCCAUGCGCGCCAUUGUUCGGAACGAGCCGAACAAGGCGCCUCUUUGACAUCUCUCUCUCUGAGUGUGUCCCAAAAAUGGACGCCUCGCCGUAUUUGGCAGCUGUACGAAGAUGUACUUGCGGUUGAUUCUCCGUUGCUGUAUGCGGAUCUUGUCCUGUCUUUGUCUUUGAUUAUUCUCCUUUACUUGCUUCUUAUUCACGUCACCACACUUCGCGCGCGGAUUUCGACAUAAAGUCUCGCCAAGUGCUGUUCUCC